AUGAAGCGGGCGAGGUCGCCGGAGACAAGCCCGCCGCCGGCUGGUGAUGCCGACGGCAGCGCUUCGCACCAGCCCAAGAUUUCGCGGAAAAUACGAGCCUGCCAGGCCUGCCAGCAUCGCAAGGUCAAGUGCGAUCUCGAGAUUGGCCAGCAUCGGUGCGGCCGCUGCACGCGCCUGGAUCUCAAGUGCGUCGUUAAUAAGAGCCUGCAGACGCUGCUCGACGGCGAGAAUGAGUGGAAGACGCAGAUGGAGGCCAAGGUCGAGGCCCUGCAAACGGCAUUGGCCGACGUGCAGCGCGCGCUCAACGUCGGCGGCGUCGUCGUCGUCGCCAACGGCGGCCACACAACAACAACACCAGACAGUCGGCAUACGUCCAUCUCACACGUCGCCGCUGCCGGUCCCCAGCAUCCGCUGCCCGGCCCGUCGCCGGUCGAGCACGGCGGCGGCGCGCACGCGAGCCUCUCGCCAUCGCUUCACCGCACCGCGACGACGGCCAUGACGAGGGAAAACUCGCUCGAGCCCGGGGCGCCCGACAGCGACCACCAAGCCAUUGUCAACGCGCCGAUGGCGAGUCUCUUUGAAGCGACCAAGCUGCGCAACAUCCGCAGCGAUCCCUGGGCGCAUCACCGCCAUGACCGGCAGCACACCGGCGACGGCGACCCAACAACCCUCGCGCCGCCGCCGCCGCCGCCGCUGCCCGAAGCCGACUUUGUCGCGCAGGGCCGCGUCAGCCUCCGCGACGCCGAGCACCUCUUCGACACGUUCCGCGCGACGCUCAACGCGUACCUCUGGGGCGGCAUCGCGCUCGUGCACGACACGCUCGCGGGGGCGCGCGCCUCGUCGUCGAUCCUCACGGCCGCCAUCCUCGCCGUCACGUCGCUGCACACGCAGGACUCGGGCCGGGCGUUUGACAUUUGCUACCCCGUCUUCCUCGAGCUCGUCAGCCAGGCCGUGUUUGACCGGUACCACACGCUCGACGACGUGCGCGGGCUCUGCAUCGGCGCCUUUUGGCUCUCCGACCUCAGCUGGAAGCUGUCGGGCCUCGCCGUGCGCAUCGCCACCGAGCUCAACCUGCACCAGUUCUGCGCCAAGGCCCUGCGCGACAACAACGCCGCCCGCUACGGCGACGAGGCCCGGCUCUGGUACUUUCUCUACGUCUGCGACCACCACUUCAGCAUCGCCUACGGGCGGCCGCCGGUGAUUAGCGAGACGCCCACCAUUACCUGCCACGAGCACUUCUUGCAGCGCCCAGACGCCACCCAGUCCGACUACCGCCUGCACAGCCAGGUCGGCAUCUUCAUCAUCCUCAGCCGCGUCUUUCACGCCUUUGGGCCCGACCGGUCGCGCAUGAUUGGCAACGACGAGUUCGAGGCGCUGCGCCGCUUCGACGCCGACAUGGGCUUCUGGCGCGACCGCUGGAAGGACAAGCUACAGCCCAACAAGUACGUGUCGCAGUAUCCGGCCAAGGGCGUGUUUCUGCACUACCACUUUGCCCGCCUGCUGCUCUUCUCCAUCUGCCUGCGCGGCCUGCGGCCGUCGGGCGUGUACGCCAUGUCGCCGGAGCGCCGCCAGUUCGUCAACAAGGCCAUUGCCAGCGCCACGGCCGCGCUGGACCUGAUCCUCAACGACCCGGACAUGCGCGCCUCCAUCAUUGGCGUGCCGCUGUACCUGCUCACCACCAUGGCCUACGCGUGCCUGUUUCUGAUGAAGUGCCAGGCCCAGUGGCAGUCGGCCAACCUGAGCAUCAGCUACGACGAGGUCGUGCCGCUCAUCGAGGGCGCCAUUGCCGUGCUCAACGCCACCCGCCCCUGCGUCCGACACGUCGCCCACUAUCUCGGCAGCGGUCUCGGCAGCAUGCUGGACAAGUUCAAGGAGCACCAUCACCGCGAGCGGCCCGCCGGCGCCGACGACGCAGAGCAGUUGGCUGCGGCCGCCCAGCAGCAGCAGCAGCAGCAGCAGCAGCAGCAGCAAGUCUGGUCGCAAGGCGAGAUGUGGCCGGACUGGAACGUGUGGAUGUUUGGCAACGGCGACUUGGGGCAGCAGACGCCGCUGAACCAGGACAACUACGGGCUGAACUUUUUGGACGCCCUCAACAACCAGAUGCCGGGUUGA